GGUCAGCUAUCUCAGGUACCUCCGUUCUUUCCCCUAUAUCGCCAAGAGUGUAAAGAGUUUGCAAUCGAGUUUCUGGGAAGAGUUUUGUUUUCGGACUGUUCUUGGCCUUUUUCCAUCAUUGGGCGAUUUCUAAUCCUUUAGCAAUUUCAUCAAUGAGGGCCGUGGCAAGAACAUCUGCAAUCUACGCUGCUCUAUAACAUUAGAGGUAAGAAGGCUUUUGAAUUAAGUUGAAUCAGAUGCAAUGGGGAUGCCAAUUGAUAGGUUAAGCGACUUACCUGACAAUUUGUUGUGCUGCAACAUUCUCUCUCUCCUUCCUUUAAAAGACGCCAUUCGCUCCUCCGUCCUCUCCACUAGAUGGCGACACCUCUGGAAGCAUAUUCCCUGUCUCCAUUUCUCUCGUGACUUUUUUGAAUCAGCGAAUCAUCCAGACAGAGUGCGAAGUGAAUGCUUAGGAUACCUAAAACAUACAGUUGAUGAUAUUCUUCUCCGCCAUUCUGCCGAGCUCGAAAGUUUUAGGAUUUAUUUUGGGCAUCCAUUGAGCAGAGUUAAUCUUGAGAAUAUUGCAGAAUGGAUUGACUGUGCAGCUGUUAAAGGAGUUAAACAUUUGGGGCUUAUUAUCGACUUUACCACAAUGGAGAUCCAUAUACCACCUUCUCUUUUUGAUUGUCACUCCCUCGCGGAUUUGGAGCUUGGAGGUUUUACGUUUUCAGAAAUACCCACUGACUUUGGGGGUUUCUUGUCCCUUAAAACAUGCUCUUUUUCUAAUAUUUAUAAUUUGACUGAUGACAAGCUUCAACAGCUCAUAGCAUUAUGCCCGAAUCUUCAGAAAUUGGUGCUGGAAGCCUGUUUUCAGUUAGAAAAUUUAAGAAUUAGGGCUCCAGAUCUUGAUAGCUUGAAAUUGAGAGGUUGCUAUUCCAUAGAAUCAUUGACAGCAGACUGUCCUCGACUGGUCAAACUCGAAGUUGAGGAUUGUGACAGUCUAUUUAAAAUGCAGCUAAAUUUUUGUGUGUUUCUACAAAAUGUAACUGCUUCAGGUUUUGGGUCAUUUGGAGGAGUUUGUACUGUGAAGUUUUUAAAAACAUUAUCCUUUAUGGCAUACCCAGAGAUUUCACAUCCCCCUUUUCUUACCCUAGUUGGCAGUUUUCCUGAUCUUGAGGAACUGAAAUUAACAGCCAUCUUCUUCGAGGACAUGACAGUUGGGAAGAUGGUUGUACCGAGGCAAGAUGUGGCAGCGCAGAAGUUGUUAGCCCACACAAAGUUUCCAAAUCUGAAGAAGGUAUAUAUAGAAAUAUCGUCAGAGAUGAGUCAAAAUGAAAUAGCUUUCCUGGCUUUCCUUCUCUCAUAUACUCCAUCUUUGAAAGUUAUGAGUGUCAUUCUACCUCACUGCCCCAAAAAUAUUCACAACCAGAUGUUCAUAGAUCAAGUGCUUUGUUUAGAUAAGGCGUCUCAUGAAGCAGAGAUAAGAAUAUCAAAUAACAGAGAACUGCUGGAUGUAAUUUGUAUGGAAAUGCACAACCUAUAUGAAAUACAUGAAGGUUACAAUUUUUAUCACUGGCAUGGGUAGUGCAAUAUUAAAUGAUAAAGAACUAUAUCUAACAACAAUAUACAGUUUUCAAUGAAUUCAAGCUCAAGAGAUUACUCUGGCAUGAAGUCUACAAGACACACUCAGUUAUCUUCUGAUAUAGGAUCGGAAAUAAAAAAAGGAAGAAUGAUUAGGAAUGAAUCCUGCUUCAAUGGUUCAGUGAGCAGGGCAGCUGUUUGUGUUAAGAGUUCUUUGGAGCACCAUGGCUUCAUGCUGUCCAACUAGCUCGGUGUUUGCUGGUGUCUUUGGUUGACUUUAAACUGUUAGUUUUGGAAUCAUAGCUGUUGGUUUACCGCCUUAGUGCUGUUGGUCCAUGUGGUUGUUUCAUUGCUGUUUGUAGGCCUUCAUCACUGUAUCUCUAUUCAUCUUUGUAAAAGGGGUUGGCCCUUCUCAAGAACCCUCCUUCAGCGUAAAUAAAUUUUUUAUAAUUUGAUGUGCCAAUUUUUUUAAUAGGUUUUAAGCUCCGCUUUGCUCUUCAGUGCUUCGUAUUAUUUAGGAUUUUUGCAGAAGGUUCUAAUAUUAGACCUGUCUUUUCAUAGUGGGCCUUCAUCACUGUAUCUCUAUUCAUCUUUGUAAAAGGGGUUGGCCCUUCUCAAAAACCCUCCUUUAGCGUUAAUAAAUUUUUUAUAAUUUGAUGUGCCAA